AUGGAAUCUUACCUCGUUGAUGAGCGGAACACGUCAAUGGCGGCCGUGCGUACGGCAUGCUCCAUCACGACAAAAGUGUUUAAAACACUUACGACUGCCGAAUCUGUCACAAAGAAAGACAAGUCUCCAGUAACUAUCGGCGACUUUAGUGCACAAGCAACGAUCAACUACAUUUUAAAUAAGAAGUUCCCGCACGACGGCAUCGUCGCUGAAGAGACCUCGUCCGAUCUUCAGGGAGAGGCCGGGAAGACGAACAGAGACAAAGUGUGUGCACUAGUGAACGAAGCUCUGCAGGCAUCAGGGGAAAUUCAAGCCCCCUUAUCUGAUGAUGAUAUUCUUGCAACAAUAGACAAGGGCGCAUUUCAGGGUGGACGCCAGUCACGUUUCUGGACACUUGAUCCCAUCGACGGGACCAAAGGCUUUUUGCGCGGUGGACAAUAUGCUGUAUGUCUUGCACUUAUUGUCGAUGGAAAUGUUGAGCUGGGUGUGAUGGGAUGUCCGAACCUGCCUUGUGACAAGAGCAAGCCGAAGCCUGCCGAUGGUGAAAUACGCACAUCGUCCAUGGAAGGUCUUGGUGUAAUGUUCGUUGCCUUGCGAGGGCAUGGCGCAUAUUCUGUGCCUAUUGAUGAUGUUCAUGCACCACUAGUGCCUGUCUGUAUGCGAGACUUGCAAGGCGAUAUCCGGCAAGCGACGUUCUGUGAGUCAGUAGACGCGGGACAUUCGUCUCUUGGCACAAAUGCACGCAUUGCCGAGUUACUAGGUAUGGGCGAUCGGCACGUGCGUAUGGACAGUCAGGCCAAGUAUGGAAGUAUCUCAAGGGGUGAUGGAGAUGUCUACUUACGUCUGCCUGUCGGAGAUGGCAGCUACCAAGAAAAAAUCUGGGACCAUGCUUCGGGUUCCCUGCUUGUUGAAGAAGCCGGCGGUAAAGUCACGGACAUUGCAGCACGACCCUUGAACUUUGGUCUUGGCCGUUUGCUGUCCGCCAAUAAGGGUGUGGUGGCGUGUCAAGCUAAUAUGCACGCCAAGGUCAUUGAUGCUGUGGCCCAGGCACUUGAGGAAGAGGGCCGUGCGUCGCUACUGAAAUAG